CAAAGCGGAGCGCGAUGGCCCUCUAGAAUCAGACCAUGCUCUCGCCCCUGGUUUGUCCUUCUCUAUAACCCGGCCAGAACACUGAAACCCCCUCAAACCCGCCUAUGAUGGUCGACUCCAUCAUUGACGGGCUUCUUGCCCUCCUGAGGGGCCAGACGCUGGAGUGCCCUGGAGGUGUGCUUGUAGACCCUCCGAAGUACCAGCGGGCAAAGCGCGGCGACUGGCGGACCGUCAUCAUGGAUCAAUCAGCCGCUCAAACCAGUUUCGACAACCUCGCCACGCAACAUAGAACCGCCUGGAAAGCAAUACAACCCCCGCCACCGAUCGACAUCCUGCCACUGUCAUCGGACCAGGUCUACGCCCAUCCACACCUCCGCAAGAGCAUCCGCGCCGCCCUAGCAGACAUCAUGAAAAUCCGCUGGACUUCAAGCUACUGCGACGGCCGCGAUGCUCCAAGCCCAACUCCCCUGGACGCAGCCAUCAUCAAGGCCAUCCAAGUCUGUUUCUUGCCUCACACGUUCCCUGCCCCGCCGCCCAUCCCGCCCGCGACACAGCCCACGCCCAAUGCCUCGCUACCCGAAAUUCCAGCCAUCGCAAUUCCAGGCCAGGCCCUCGCCGUCGGGGCUGCGGUACUGGCCAUCUACACGCCCGACUGCCGGACCCGCGUCCUCGACAUGUUGGAGCGCUUCUAUUUCUGGGUGGAGGCCGGCGACGACGGCCUCGGCUUCGGGCAGCCAUCCAAAGCAAGGCUCGGCCGCUGCUGCGAGACGUAUCCUGUUACUGUCCUGACGUACACAUACCAUUUCCUUGUUGCCUUGGCCUUAUCUACCUCUCUCGCAUUACCACACAAGAACUAACUCGUCCGUCACUCCAUCAGGCCGAGAUACUUCGCCUCCCGUGUCCUCCCCCCGCGGGAGACAACCCACAGGAGCAAGACCCAGCGCAAGUCGUCACCCAAGUUCACGGGCUAGCCAUGCAACCGCGAUAUUUCAACAAUGUCAUGUGCGGGAUGCUGGCUGGCCAGGGGCCAACAGAGGUACACCUAACUGACCUUUCUGGUCGUUCCCAAAGGGAUG